AUGUCUGGCUCAGGAGAGCUGAGCUGGAGGGACCAGGACUGGGGCAGGCUGAGCCCUCUGGUCUCUGUGCAGGAGAAGAAGAUCUUCAUGGUGCAGGGCCCCUACCCCACCAUCCGCAAGCUGCUGCGGGCCCGGGGCUGGGUGGAGAGGAAGCCCCCCAGGGUGGGCAGACAGCUGGAGCAGCAUUGUGGCAACCAGCAGAAACAGCAGCUGCAGAGGGAGGCAAGGGAGGAUGGCGAGGAGCAGGGGGAGGCAGUGCUGAACCCACGUGGUGGGGCACAGCCUGCCCUGGAGAUCACAGAGCUGCUGCACUCCCCAUGGCCACCCACUGAGGAGGAGGAGGAGGAGGAGGAAGAGCAGUGCGAAGAGGACCCCAGUGGCAUCCAUGACCUCAUGUCCUACCUGGUGCGGCACCGAGUGCCAAACUUUGUCUGGGCCGACUACCUCAGUGCUGUUGACCCUCGGCUGCUGGAGCAGGACCAUGUGGUGAACCACUAUGCCCGAGUGGGUGCCUUCACCACCAAGGAGGGGCUGUGCCUCAGCCUGCAAAACCUGCCCUGGAUCGAGCAAGCAGACUCCAACACCUUCUUCCCACGGUGCUAUCGGCUGGGGACCACAGAUGAGCGGGAAGCCUUCAUCGACGAUUUCCGCCUGACAGCAGCUCGCAGUCUGCUCAAACUGGCCCUGGAAGAGGCUGGGGACAGGCUGAUGGGGACUGAGCAGCCCCCGAGCUCUGACAAGGGGCCAGGGACAGGAUCUCCCCUGUACCCCCAGCUGGUGGAGGAGGCCCUGGAAGUCUGCGAGCAGCACCUGGGUGUUCUGGGGCACCAGGACAUUGACAGGGGCACCCCGUUCCCCUGCAGGACAUGCAUUGACUGGGACCGCUUCCUGCAGGAUUACUACUGUGUGGCACAUGAGGGGGCCGGGCUGGUGCUGAGUGGGGCACAGCGGGAGCGGUGCCAGGACCUGCUGCGGCGCCUGGCGGAGCAGCUGCCGCAGUUCAGCAUGGAGGGCAAGCUCAACGUCUGGAUCCUCAAGCCUGGUGCUGCAUCCCAAGGCAGGGGCAUCGUCUGUGCGACGCGGCUGGAGGAGGUGCUGCGGUUGGCACGGGGCUGCACAGCCCCCUCGGUGCAGGAGGGCAAGUGGGUGGUGCAGAAGUACCUGGAGCGGCUGCUGACCAUCUUCGGGACCAAAUUCGACAUCCGUCAGUGGUUUGUGGUGACUGACUGGAAGCCGCUGACCGUCUGGUUCUAUGGAGACUGCUACCUGCGCUUCUGCUCCCGGCCCUUCUCCCUGCACUGCCUGGAGCGUGCCAGGCACCUCUGCAAUGUCUCCGUCCAGAAGUGGUACAAGACAUCACCAGACCAGGACCCCCGCGUGCCCUCUGACAGGGUCUGGUCCAGCAAGCAGUUCCAGGCAUACCUGGCGUGGCUGGGGCAGGCAGAUGCUUGGCAUCAGGUGAUAGUGCCUGGCAUGAAGGCGGCAAUACUGAGCGCCCUACGUAGCGCCCAGGACCAGGUGGGCUUCCGCAAGAGCAGCUUUGAGCUCUAUGGGGCCGACUUUCUCGUGGGGGAGGACUGCCAGCCCUGGCUGCUGGAGAUCAACUCCUGCCCCACCAUGAGCCCCUCCUCAGCUGUGACCCGACGACUCUGCGCCAACGUCCAGCGGGACACGCUGCGCCUCGUGCUCGACCGCAAGGACAACCCCACCUGCUCCAUUGGAGCCUUUGAGCUCAUCUACAAGGAGGCAGCUAUGCCCAGGCCUCUGUCCGGGCGCGUGAAGCUGAUAGUCAAAGGCUGUUCCCUGAAGAAGUGCUGGUCCACACAGCAUCAAGCCCACAUCAAGCCCCCUGCCACUGUGCCCAGUGCCACCCAGCACCCUGUGCCCCCAAGGGCCAGAGACACCCGGAUGCCACAGCAAGCAUGUCAUCAACCCCCCACCACUGUGCUCAGUACCCCCAAGCUCCCUAUGCCCCCAGGAGCCAGAGACACCCAGAUGCCCAAGCCCAGAGCAGCAACAGGGAAGCUGCCUCCUCCAUGGCAAUGGUGCCGCCCCAGCUCUGGCCCCUCAGCACUGCCACAGCCCUGGAGCCGCUCUGCUGGGAGCCAGGGGCUGUCAUGGCUCUGUCACCCACAGAGGCAGCCCCAAGCUGCUCAGCCCCUGAUCAAUGUCUGUCCCCUGGAUAGGGUGCCCAUGCCGCUGCCCUGGGGAGCCCCCAGCAACCCCUGGCUAGCCCUGGGCUGUGUCCCCUCCUUCCCUCCUGCCAGGCCACCGCGCCUACCUCUGCCUGCACAGAUCAUUGACACCCCUAGCCCAGAGCAGAAGCAUAUGGCAGUUCCCAAUGGGACACAGAAGUGUGUCCUGGGAUACUGAGACAUUCCCAGGAGGGGACAGCACCCUGCCCAUCCUUGCUAGGCUGGCAUGGCAGCACUUGGCUCCCUCCCACUGCAGUGCACCCCUACUGCUGUGUCAUGGUCCUCACUUCAUCCCUCAUAUG